UGUCUUCAGCAGCAUGUUCAAAUCAUUCCACUACAGAGUCAUCACGUGACCAUAAUUCAUCCAGUGAUCACCAGGAGCAUCAGCAGUCAGACCAAGAUGGUGAAGACACCGUAAGUGAAGGGGAGCAGACACUGACUGCAGGAAUACUCGUCACUCAAGACCAUGUCAUGGAUCAUGCACGUCUAGAUGUAGAUCGUCAGGAACAGCGAAUGCGAGACUGGAUAAUAAAUCGUCCCACUACAACCCCGAGAGGUCCGUCUGUGACGGGACAAAGUGGUCGGUCCAGUCAUGCUCACAGGCGAGAUCACUUAGAGCAGAGAGAGAACAACCGGACCGCUCGUCCACGCAGCGACCAGAUAAUUUAUCCUCCAACAACCGGACUUACAGGACGUCGACCUAACCCUCUGUUCCCAGAUUUGCCCCUUACGUUGUUACAACCGACCGCCCAACAAAGUCGUCCAGAACAUAGAGUGCACCAGUUGAGUGACAUGGAACAAAUCCACAGAACCCUGAGUCAAUAUCAUAUGCAACGAAGAAGUCGACCUGAUGAAUCAGAGCAAGGGGACCAGAGACAGCAGCAGCAGCAAUGGCGUCCGCAACAUGCUCAAAGACCACACCCGGCAGGUGAAGUCAGAACCAUGCGGAACGACAUUGAGCGCACCAGAGACAACAUUGUAAGAGAGCUAAGACAGCAGGCCCAUCGAGUAGAUAAUCGUGAAGGAUAUGUCUCCAGGGUGAUGGCCCUUGUUAGAGAACGCCACUCUCUCUCCGAUCAUCAAGUCAACAAUCAUGGGCCAGGGUCUAGGUCAGGUCACUCUCCUCCUGAGCAACAGGGACAGGUUGGACCACCAAACAUUGAACAUGUCCAACGAUUGAAUCCUCGUCCACCACGCAGGCGAAGGAGAUGUCAGAAACAUUAUAAUGGAGCGAUCUACCAGCCUAAGAAAGAGUGAUGUGUAUAAUGUCAACUAUAAAUCUUCAAUCGAUUGUUACUAUUUUGAAGUCUACAACUUAGUUAAGCGUCAAUUAUAUUCCAAUGAAUCUAAGUACAUAUCUUGGUCUUACAUAUUGAAUGAAAAUAAGUGUUGAUGUGGAUGCUGAUUUCUUCUUGCCAUUAAUCGAAAAAGAAAAUGUAUGUUCAUAAUUAUCUGAAAUAAUCGAAAUAAAUAUUUGUAAAUAGUUCUCUUUAUAGCAGGGCGGUGCCCGGGUUUUUUUUAUUCGGGGGGGGGGGGGGGAUUACCCAUAUGUGAAUUUGAUUUCAGGAAUAGAAAAUAAAAGGGUGUUGUGUAGUUACAUCGUCAAUAAACACAUUUCAUAUGUUUUUUUUUCAUACGUUUUUUUUUGUCAUUCUUAUACUUUAUUCUUACUUGGAGAAACAUACCUUUGUCGGUCUCUGCCCCCCUCCCUUUAGCGCUCCUUCUGUUUGUAAAAAUAUAGGAUCUUUGCAUCUUCCAAAUCUUUAGAUAAAUACUUUAACCUGAUUUGGGUAACAUAUUAUUGACUUCUAUAUAUCGUUUACCAUUUGGGAAUAAUUUUUGGUUUUGGUCUUUAUUAUUGUGUAUUUGUGAUGAUUGUGUAACAAGUAGCCAUUUGAACCUCACUAUACAACAUAGUGGUAUAUACUAACUUUACUUCCAGAUGAUUAGUAGAUAGUAAAUCUUAUAUUGUUAUCAUUUUUCAAUGUCAUGUCUUCAAUUUGACGACGAUUUGAUGUAGAGUUAAAGCAUUUGCAUUCUUAGAUUUUUUUCUCUUCAUAUGUUUUGUUUUACCUUUCAUUGUUACUCAUGUUGUGUUUGUUCCUGAUGUUGAUUUUGGUGCAUGUAAUUUGCGUACCAUCCAGAUAACACAAAUAUGUUUAGCAGUUUUGAAUUAGAAUUUAGGAGAAUAGACAACUGAUGAAUCUUAUACAUCAGUACGGAAUAUGAGAUUGUUUUGUAAUAAACAAAAAGCAAAGUUUAAUUUG